GCAGGGGCGGGAGCAAUGGCAGGGGUGAGCUCACCUGUCAGCCUGUUGCUGGGGCGCAAAGUGGCAUCUUUUGGCCGCGAUUUCAAAGCAUUGCCUUGUCUGUUGCCACACCGUCUGUUGCUUCAGAUUUAUUCAUCCAUUGUUUUGUUCUUGGUGGCUUUUUGCUGUUGUUCCAUCAUCCCUAGAAUUGCAUUGACGUCACCUUGUAUCGAAUCCGUCCACUUCCACACCCGUCAUUCACCAUCAUCAUGGUGUUGCUCAAGAGCUUCGUGCUCGCUGGCCUCGCGGCCGCCGCUGCCGCCAAGUCGGCUGUCCUCGACCUCGUCCCCGGCAAUUUCGACGACGUGGUCCUGAAGUCCGGCAAGCCGACCCUCGUCGAGUUCUUCGCUCCCUGGUGCGGCCACUGUAAGACCCUCGCUCCCGUCUACGAGGAGCUCGCCCUGGCCUUCGAGCACGGCAAGGACAAGGUUCAGAUCGCCAAAGUCGACGCCGACGCCGAAAGGGAGCUCGGAAAGCGCUUUGGCGUGCAGGGCUUCCCUACGCUGAAGUUCUUCGAUGGCAAGAGCGACAAGCCGACCGAGUACAAUGGCGGGCGGGACCUGGAGUCCCUGUCCGAGUUUAUCACCGAGAAGACGGGUGUCCGGUCGAGGAAGAAGGUGGCCAAGCCCAGCAGCGUGGUCAUGCUCACGGAUUCGACCUUCAAGAAGCAGAUUGGCGGUGACAAGAACGUCCUGGUGGCGUUCACCGCCCCGUGGUGCGGACACUGCAAGAGCCUCGCGCCGACCUGGGAGACGAUCGCCGAGAACUUCGAGACCGAGUCCAAUGUUUUGAUUGCCAAAGUCGACGCCGACGCCGAGACCGGCAAGGGCACCGCGUCCGAGUAUGGCGUGAGCGGCUACCCGACGAUCAAGUUCUUCCCCGCCGGCAGCACCACCCCCGAGGACUACAACGGUGGACGGAGCGAGGAGGCGCUCGUCGCGUUCCUGAACGAGAAGGCGGGCACCCACCGUGCCGUCGGUGGCGGUGUUGACUCCACGGCCGGCACCGUCGAGGCGCUCGAUAACAUUGUGGCCAAGCUGCUUGGCGGGACCACGCUGGCCGAGGCUGCGGCCGAGGCGAAGAAGACUGCCGAGGACCUCAAGGACCAGGCGCAGGCCAAGUACGCCGAGUACUAUGUGCGUGUGUUUGACAAGCUGAGCAAGGCUGAGGGGUAUGUGGCCAAGGAGCUUGCGCGUCUGGAGGGCAUCAUCAGGAAGGGUGGGCUGGCUCCCACCAAGCAGGAUGAGCUGAAGAGCAAGACCAAUGUCCUCCGUAAGUUCGCCGAGAAGGCGACGGGUGACGAGGAGAAGGAGGAGCUGUAAGCCAGCAUGCAUCUUGUCAUGCAGGUAGAGCCAGCAGUGUAUGGAUAAUGACU